CGAUUAUCCCCGCGCGCACUGUUCUCAAUCGCUUCGAGGGCACUUUCAAUCACCUCGAGGCUCGCAUUCACAUAGCCACCGGGCUGUGUCAGAAGCCGCCAUGGGCAAAAUCAACCUCACGGCCCUCCGGGUGCGCCAGACCGCGCUCAGCCAAUUCGCCAGCGGAAAGAUCAAGCAGCUGCCACAAUGGGUCGACGUGGUGGGCGCUAUCCCUCCCUCCGAGACUCUGAUUCGUACCCCCGCCCCUCAGCACCAGUUGGUCCGCCAGCGACUGAAGACGCUUCCUGGAUCCUCGAAGCCGCGGGUCGUCUUCGAAGUCCAGGAGAACACCCGGAAGCCCAAGAAGGCCAGUCGUCUAUUUAAGCCCGUCGAACUCAAAUACGAGGAGGACCAACUACGAAAAGAGUUCUUCCGCGACCACCCCUGGGAGCUUGCCCGACCUCGCGUGCUCCUCGAAAGCACCGGCAAAGAUUUUGAGAACUACGACUGGAGCCGCAUUCAGCAACCCGGAAAGCGGUUAGAUGGUGAAAGUGUUGUCCAACGUCAGCUUUGGCUCUUGAACAACGUGCCCGAUAUUACCAAGACUGCCGCCUACGAUAUUGCCCGGAGAGAGUUCUACAAGCUUCGAUUGCAGGAGGACAUUGAGCGACGAGUGGCCGCAGAGGAAGCCGAGGCCACGGGUGCCAACUUCGGCCCAUCAUACCUGGAGAUUGGUAUGGAUCUGGAGAACCAGCAAUACGAGAAGUGGAAGGCAUGGGCCAAGACGGAGGCACAGAUCUUUGACCAGCGGGCGGCUGCGCUCUCUGGUGCUCCGGAAAUUGCGUCGGAGGCAGAGCCAGAGCCGGACUCGUUUGCCGCUGAGGCCGAGGUCGUGGCUCCGGUUGAACAACCGGCGUGA